AUGUGUAAAAGGAAAUAUUUUAAAUUAGAUGAUAAUUAAUAUAUCAUAUCUUUCUAUUAAUGCAUAACUUGGGGACUGUAUAUCUAUUGGUAAUAGAAAAUUAAAGAGUUAGAAAAUGAAGAGUUAGCAAAACCUAUCUAAAUAUCAUAUUUAGAGAAUGUUUAGAUUUGUUAAUAUAGGCUUUAUUUGAUUAGUGAGUUUGGGUACUAUUUAUUUUGGAUUAGCAAAAUGAACGAAGUUUAGUUUUCAAUGUAUUUUGAGUAUCCUGGAUAUUUUAGAAAUCUUCUACUUUCAUCAAAUUGCCAAAGCAAUUAUAAUGUUCAAUAUAAUUAAUCGAUUAAUUCUACAAUAAUUUUUCAAAAUACCCAAUAAUAUAUAAUUUAAUUUUAAGGUACAGAUAUAUAAAUUGAAUAGAUGGAGAACAUAGUUAUUGCAAAAACUCAAAACCAACUUACAGUUAUUUACAAUUAGGAGUACUAAUAAGUAAUUUAACUAAAUACUUUGCACAUAACUAUUGAUAAUAAUUAUAAUUUAAUAUAUUGGCUUGAUGAAAUUACUAAAGAACUAAUUUUUUAUAAAAUUUCAUAUCCGAAAAACAUAAUUUAACCGUCUAAACAUGUUUAAGUUUAAAACCAGAAAAAAAUUUGCUACAAACUUAAAUACAUAAUAGAGCACCAAUACAACAAAAACUAGACUUUAGAUUUCAAUUAUUAAUGUUAAAAUGAAUCCUCAACAGUCUACAGUAAAGAAGGUUUGCAAUUACCUCAUAAAUAUGAGAUAAAACUUGAUUAAAAUUUAGAAUUUAGACUUAACAUUUUAGAUCAAUACUCCUUUUAAUCCAUUUGUCCAAAACACUAUAAUUUCAAUCCUAAUGAUACUAUUUUACUAUAUUUUGAAACGAACACUAACAUAUCUUUUUCAAUGAUUCAAACUAAAGAUUACAUCUAUUUCCAAAAUUGCCAUAAUUCAAAUAAAAGCAGAGUUGAUAUCUAAAAUUGUUAGGUAUUUUAUUUUUAAAGUUAUAUACUCCUACAUAAUCAAAAAAAAUAAGAACUAUAACUUUUUGGAUUUCAGGAUAUAUUAAUUAGAAAAUUUAGGAUAUAGAUUCAAAUCACUGAUAUUGUUUAAUAUUAAUAAAUCUUUUUAAUAUUUACCUCAGAUAGUAAAGAUCCUAAAAUAAUUGAUUUAUCAAAACGUUAUCAAAUUAUAUUGAACAAAUAAACCAAUAAAAUCUUGAAUGCAUUACAUUAAAUUUAUUUCUAAGACAAACAAUAAAAUUAGAAUUUGACAACUAAUCAUUUUUUUAUUAAUUUUGAAAACUAAAAAUUGUUUCAGUAUAAUCAAUAUUUGAUAAUUUUAAUUCAUAAAAAUGUUCAAAUGAUUAGGUUAGAAAACAUAUAAAUAAUUUUCUUAAAGUAACUACUAAACUUAUAGUAUUAUUUAUUGGGAGUACAUUUAAUCAAUAAUUCAAUAAAUGAUUAUCAUUUUGAUAGUUAAUAGGUAUCUGUAUUGUCUUCCUUUAAAUUAGACCAUUAUGAAUUGAUUAAACCUUUAAAGUACUAGAUCAAUAAAAAAUAUUUGGCCUUGGCCAGUUUGAGUGAAAAUAAAACUUAUGUGUUAAUAUUUGAGAUUAGAAUAACAAAACCUCUUCUGUUGGUAAAAGUUAUUCAAAUAAGUAGAAUCGAAUUCUUUUUCUUAGGAUAUUAAUUGUUCUAUUAUAAUUUUGAAGAUGAAAUUAAUAUAUAUAAUUUGCUAUAUUUUGAAGUUUAAUUAUAGGAUUCCACUGAACAUAAUGAAAUCGCUGUAAAAACUAACAUAACUUUUUAAAUUAUAUCAGAAAUGAAGAGUGAACCUACAAUUUAUUUAGGAUUCACAUUAAAGUUUUACAAUGAAUGCUACCGAUUAUUUUAAAAAAGUAAUCAUUCUUCAAUAAAUUCUACAUAAAACCAUAUAAUACCUUCUAAAUAUUUUUAUGGCUCUAUAGACCUAUUAAAAAUAGAGGUCAGCAAUGAAACUAAUAUUCUUGAGCCUUUAAGAUUUAUUGAGUGGAUUGAUAUCAGUAGACUCCGAUAUGAAGGUAGAAUCAAGAAAAUUGAUAUUGGUCCCAUUCUGUUUAUUAACUAGAGCUUUAAUGAAACUUAUAGCAUAUAUAUAGUAUUAGCUGAUAAUGACUUAGGUCAAACUUUUAUAAUUAAUCCAACAGAUUAAUUAUUUGUGAAGAUAUUACCAAUUAAUAACCAGUAUAUAUUAUUUUUUUUUGAUUAAGUUAACUUCAUAUAGGGAGCCAUGUAUUUGAUAGAUGAAGAUACAUAAAAUUUAAUAAAAGAACCUAUAUAAGAGCUAAAUAUAACUUUGAAUCAAUCAUAUAGUCAUUAUCUUAUUUUCAAAACUGGUGAUCUAAUUGUAUUUAAAUCUAAAUCUCAAUUAUUACUCUAUAUGAUCCUGAAUUCUAGCAUAAAGUUUAUUGAGAAUGAUUUAUAUAUUCUAGAUAUUCUUAAAGUAUAAGGGAACAAUCAAUUUUAUAUAUCUUUUUCAUAAUUAAGAGAUAGACAAGCUUAUUAUUUCCAUGUUCUCUCUAUUAAUUAAUUCAAUUUAGUUUCUAUUGGUACUGCAAUCCUAUAACUGUAAACUAUUUUUAUUGAAUUAUAAGCCUACGUUCAAAUUCUUUUAUAUGAACACAUAGAUGAAAAAAGUUAAAUUAGUAUAUUAGACUGUGAAAUUAUUGAUUAGGAAUUUAGAAUUUAGGUAUUUCAGAUAUUUAAUAAAAUUUAAAUAAUAAGUCAAAUUUGCAUUAAGAUUGAAAAUUAUUCAAUUUCUUUUAAAGUACUCAAUAUACUUAGGCAUGAAUUGGGAGAUAAAAUGAAAUUAUAAUUUUAUAAUAAAAAUCACCUUAUUCUACAAUCACUCUCAAAUUCAUACUACUUUUAUGAUUUAAAAGAGCCUCUAAAUUUUAUUGAUUAUUUUGGAAGUAUUAUUUAGAAUAAUGAUUUAUAUUAUCCUUUUAAUACUACUCAUUUAUAUGUAUUCUAAAGAAACACUAGUUAAAUAUAUUUGGCAGAAUUAGGUUACAAAAUUGAUACAUAGAGUCAUCUUUUUGAAAAUUAAAUAUUUACUUUGGUUGCUGAGAAUUAGUUAUCUUAAGCUCGAUGUAGGAUAACCAUUAAUGAAAAUAGUCAUUAAGAAGAGGAUAACAAUUUUUUAAUAAAAUUGGUUAUUGUAUUAGUGCUUAUUUUAAUUUUUUAUUUUCUUUUGAGAAGGAUACAAUUAAAGCGUAAAUAGUUAAACAAUUAAAGGCAUCAUCAUCAAACUUUUGCAAAAAUUUCAAACGUUGAAGAAUGA